AUGUGGGGUAAAGUUGGUAUCCAAGUGUGUGAAGUGGCCACGACAUUGUACGAAAAAUCCAAGAAAUCUCUCGUCGGUGACGGCACGUACGCUGGCUUUGUGCAGGCGGUCUUGAGCGAGGUACCAAAUGCUUCUGCACCCUCGCCUCCCUCGUAUGGUUACCUGGUGUAUUCCCAGACGGGUGCGACCGUGCAGAAACGUAUCAGCGAUAUAAUGCCAGGCGACAUUCUGACAGCACACGAUGCGAAGCUCAAGGGCCACAAGGGCCUGCAGACGUAUCACCAGAACAUUGGCGCUGAGGAGCUUUUGGUGGGCGUUGUGACUGAGUUCGAAGCGAAGAAGCACAAAGUGCGGGUCUUCCAAGCAAACCAGCAUGUUGGACAGCAGACCGUGGAAUCAGUCAGUUACCGUCUUGAGGAUCUGAAGAGCGGAACUAUCAAGGUGAGCAGUGCUCGCUGCCAAUAUCUGAGGCAUAGUCGUCUAACUACAAUCUCGCAGAUUUACCGAGUGCUGGAAGCGUCGUGA